CGUCUGUACGUGUUGGCAACGCUGUAACGCUCGCAAUCCUUAGCUGCGUUGUGCCAAAUAAGUGGAAAAUAGCAAAAGAAGCAACAGAAAAACACAGUUUCCUUCUAGUUGCACUAUUGCAUGCGUGCAAUAUCAUCAGUUAGUUUGUGCAACGUUUCGGGCAACUUAUUAUCCAUUCCUAUGCACUGAUAUAGAUAAACUAAAGCUUAUUAGAACAUGAGUGCGGAACGACCAAAGCGGGGUUUCGGUUUCGGCUGCCGCGAGACGCCAGACAUUUACAAUAGAUUCUUGGAACAGCUUGGAUUCUAUCGUAAGCACACAGCUACUGAUUCUUCAUCAUUGUUUCGCGUUGUUUCCGAGCUACAAUACGAUGUACAGAUUUACCAUGGCAAAGUGCGCCAGGAGUGUGUGAAAUUUAUGCGCAACAAUCGGGGAAUAUUCGCGAAGGACGUAAACCAUUCCUACGAUUCGUAUGUGAACAACAUAUCCCGGCCGCGAACGUACGGCAGUAUGCUGGAGCUGAAAGCGCUUGCACUACGGUACAAAGCAAAUGUGUUCAUUUUCGAACCACUCACAGAAGGAAAGUGGUUUAUGUUUAAUCCAAAAUAUACCGUGACCUGGAGAGUUUACGUCGGGCGUGAUAAUCAUUUCGAUGUGGUACACACGUUGGAAUACAUUACGGAAGCCGCCGAAUGUCAGGCGAUCGUUUAUCAACUGCUGUACACGGACGUAUUAGGUCUACCGGACGUUGAGUACGCUGUCGAACGUAUGUUGCACGAUCCGGAAGACAAGCACAUUACGUACGAAACGGAUGAAGAUGGUACUACUACCGCCAUUACACCGGAUGGAAUGCAGCUGCAGCUGAGCAAACCUGGCAAUACGCAAUGCGUGCUGAUGUAUUCGCAUCUUUGCCAUUUUCACAAUCAAGACAACUUUGGCUUUAUAGAAGAGUUUUUCCAUAUGUACGGAUCGGAUGAGGGUUGUCGGGUUUACAUUGGCGAUUACUUUCAGGAUCGUACCGGUAAACCCAACCCGCUGCUUACGGAUCCGGACAGCUCGUGUGUGCGACAGCUGCUCGCAUUAGGCAUCACACCGUUUCCGUACAAGGCGGCAAAAUCGCUCGAUCCUUGCAUCUACCGGAACGUGGAGUAUGACGUGUGGCAAGAAUUACGCAAGGAAAGGAUAAACGAUAUAUUUGUGAAUGAGAAACGACUACAUAAUGACAGGUGUGUCAAACGCGAAAAACACAUCGAGCAUCCGAUCUCCGUAGCAGGGCAGCUGUCUCCAGGAACCACUCAAACGAUUGCUGCUUACAUACCACCGAAAAUUGACGGAGCUAUCUUUGCAAUGGAACCGGUAAAGCCAGUGGAAUACGGAUACGGUGGAACCGAUUCUCCUGUUACACUUUCGCCAUAUCCGGUGCAACAUUUCUACAUUCCACCAAUGGAUCAGUACGCUGUUGCUAUCAUACCGGCGGAACGAAGCCAAUUAACAUUUUCCCCCGAAACUGCGGCACAUCCAAUGGGUGUGCAAGGUUGCAUUUAUAAUAGUUUCACCACAAUGUCACCGAUGCCUUUCCAUGCGACAGCUCAAUCACCGCUGAAACAAUUUACACCAACCCUUUCACCUACCGAGCCACUGGCUAUGGCGGAUCAUGUGACGGUGUUGUCACCAACGAUAAACCAAUCCAUACCGAAUGAGUCUUUGUUCGUGUACGAUUCCUUGUGGCAAACGACACCACAGCAGCCACAUUACUAUCACCUAACACCACCGCAGCAGCAGCAGCAACAACUGCCUAAUAGUCAGGAACAAUCUCCUAAUUAUCAGCAACAUCAGCGACAGCGGCAUCAACGGCAUUAUCAGCAACAACCGCAACAGCAGGAGAUUGCUACUCCAUUUAUUCCAAGAUGCCUUUUCCAAUGUGUGCCAAAUGGAGCAGAAACAAAUAAUCGAACACCACCAACAGUGACGUACGAUAAUAAUUCGUAUACCACACACCAAACCGUUCUCGGUUCUCCAUAUUGGCAUAAUUAAUGUUUGCAUUUAAUGCAUUCAUUAUCAACUUUAUAUUAGAUUUGCAACAUUUUGUUUUAUUUACUAAACGAAGAGCUUGUUUGGCGCGGUUUUUUUUUCCACUUGAUAGCAUUUUUAUUAUUGACAUGUAAAACCACAUGCGCGCUUAAAUUAUGAUAAUAAGCCACACAAAAUGGCAAACGCUUCUUUAUUUUAUUCUCAUUUUCUCAUUAAUACUAUUCAAAUAUUGCUUUUCGUGAACGAUAUUUUCAUAUCUCACAUUAAUCGUGGCAGCAAGGUACUGCAAGUAAUUUCUUUUACAUUGUUACAAUUUUUAAAAUUUCGUUUUUCUCUUCUUAAUGAUAGUUUUUCAUCAUCGCAACAUACAUUUAAAAUGGCUGAUGCGUUUGAUAAAAUAAAUGUGUACGUGUAUGGAGCAGAUUAAAGAAAAUAUGAUUUACUUUUAAAUUUACAAUUUUCUUUUUUAUGCGAUUUAUGCGCCAGUUUCAUGAAUAAGUCUAACAAAGUUACGUCUGUUUAUUAAGAAAGUUUGAUUUUCCCAUUCACGAGGAAAGAUUAAGAUAAACAUCACUUUUUUUUCUAUUUGAUAGAAAGUUCUAUAUGAGUGGUACGAAUAAUAUACUCAUGAUUUUUUUUUUAAAUUUUUUACAACCAUUUCAUAUUUACCCAGUCAAUUUACCCGUAAUGGGAUGAUCUUUGUGUCAAUUUUUUUGCUCAUCUAUUUCACUCAUUUUUUUCUAAUAAUUUAACAAUUUAUCGUGCGACAAAUCAUUAUUUUAUACGUUUAUUCACAAAAUGUAACAUUUUUGGUGGCGUUUUAAAAUAAAUUUACUAAUGAUCAAAAUAAAAAAAAACGGUUCAAUGUAUCGAAAUUGAGAAAUGAGGCAUUCACAUAAACAUUUACUAUGUUAAGGCUUCUUCUUGGCGGC